UUCAAACUCCAUUUCUUCGAUCCCUACGUCCAAUGGCUAAAUCUAUAGAACAACUUUCAGAUAUCGAAAAAGGCAAUCUUGUUACCUUAAAUGAGUCAACGAACUACAAAGUCCAUUUAACUCAAAAGCUGUUAGCGGAACUCAUUGGCACAUAUUGUGUCAUUUUUGCUGGAUGUGGAUCCGUCGCGGUUAAUAAAAUUUACGGUGGCACAGUAACUUUUCCUGGAAUAUGCGUAACUUGGGGUUUAAUCGUUAUGUGCAUGAUUUACACCGUUGGUCAUGUAUCGGCUCAUUUUAACCCCGCCGUGACAAUCACCUUGUCUCUUUUGAAGUUGUUGCCAUUUAAAGAAGUGCCUGGUUAUAUAUUGGCACAACUUUUGGGUUCGAUUCUUGCUAGUGCAACAUUGGCGUUGUUAAUGAAUGUGACCCCGGAAGCAUAUUUUGGGACCGUACCGGUUGGUUCAACCCUACAGUCGUUCGUUGUUGAGAUAAUCAUUACGUUUAUUUUGAUGUUUGUUAUAUCUGGUGCUUCCAAUGACGAUAGAGCGAUAAAGAAGCAUGGAGGGAUUGCAGUUGGAAUGGCAAUCAUGUUAAAUGUGUUUGUUGGAGGGCCUAUUUCUGGAGCAUCGAUGAAUCCUGCUAGAAGUCUUGGACCAGCUUUUGUUAAGCAUAAUUUCAAAGGAAUUUGGGCAUAUAUUUUUGGCCCAAUAAUCGGAGCUAUUAUCGGAGGAUUUGGUUAUCAAUUGUUAAAGCCAACAGAUAAAUCUUAUAGCGAUCUUGUUAAAAGAAAUCAUUGAUCAUUUUAUUCAGAUGGAGUAUAUUUUCAUUUAGAUUGUUGAAAUACUGUAUUUUGUUUUUAGUUUUUUUCUUUUUUUAAUUUUGGGAAUUUUAUUUCAUAAAAUAUUGGAAUAAUUGUUGAUGGUAGUGUUCUAGCAAUUUUCAAAAAUCUUGGAGGAAAGUUGUUUCCAUACAAUUUAUAUCUCUUUAUAUUUACAACUAUAA